GGUGCAAUCAAGGGUUGACGUUGAGAGAACGACGUCAGUCUGAAAUGUACGCCGGGCGACGGGGUGCCGAGUCAGGCGGCGACGGGGGGAAGACACCUCGAAGUUACAUCCUUCACAGGUGGAUGAUGUACUCCCACAGCGGCCGGUGGAUUUCUAUCGUCCCGCUCGAUGUCAUUGAAUGUGAUUGUCUGAAGAGUUGCUGAACCCCAGAGUCGAAACUUCGUACUAUUCACUUAACAAGCUUUUUUCCCGUUCAUGUGUGGACGUUGCCCACCGAAGACUGUGUAAGCGCAUGUGUGAACUCCACAACCCCCCUUCCUCCAUUUAUUACGAGAAAUCACCUACUUCCAACAUAUCGAACGUCUGUCCACACUCCGUGGUUCUACAUCUCCACUAGAUCACUGGUAGUCGCCGAAUUGGAACCCCCUGUCUAUAAAAAUGGCAGGAUUUAUCGUGCUUUGAUAUUGCAAUUGACAUCAAAGACAAGCUCGACAGGGCGAAGGAUCUUUGACAAUUAGUCGCCAGCGACUUUGCCUCUGACGGGUGGGUUGGACAUGCUAAGAUUCAUACCCGUUAGAAUCUCGCUACCUCACCAUAGUCGCUAUGGACGGAAGCGCAUCGAUCAAUGCUGAGAGCUCUUCGGAGACAGUCAAGAGCGUGGAGUCCGAGAUUCCGCCGAUGAAGACCAAGUCAAGUAUCGAGGUGGACGGUGGCGUGUCCGGAAGUCGUGACUUGCCAGCUCCGGUUGCUUUGACAAAAACAGCAACUUCCGAGUCAGAAGAUGGGAAAAUGGGUAUUUUAACUUCGAAUGACGGCGUUUACGGCGAUGAUAGGAAGAACGAAGUCGGCUCCAACCAGCUCACAGACAUGUUUCCGCUCUCGACAUCAUAUCCCGAGGACGAUAGUUCUCAAGGUUCCAGUGAGCUCUGUAAAGAGCUGGGACGGUUCAGUGAAAGCCACGACACUCCAAAUGGUUCUACGACUUCGGCGUCUUUGAUAUCGCCAUUCUCUACAGAAAAGUCGAUUACUCCUAGUGCUCAAUUAAACCAAACAUUAAAUACUCCACCUGCUUCAGCCCCUGUCUCUGCUCCGUCGUCCUCUCGUAAAAAGCAACAACAACCUCCGCUUUCCUCUCACACUGAAGCCCGCCCGAGGUCAUCCAUACCCACGCGGAUGGCUCCAACACUCUAUGCUGAACAGUGCCUCGCUGCAGCCUACGCCUCUCGACUCAACCCGUAUGCGCUCCAUAAAGACGAACAAGAGAUAUUGCAAGAUUCGUUAUGCCACCUUCAUGUGACUACGUAUCUCAACAUCCGAAAUGGCAUUCUUCGACUGUGGACACGAAAUCCCAUGCUCACGGUUACCGAAGAAGAGGCACUUGGCUGUGCAAAGGACCGGCGAUGGAUGAACCUUGCUUCGGUUGCUUACGACUGGCUUGUGCGCAAUGGCUAUAUCAACUUUGGAUGUGUUAGCAUCUCGAAAAAUCCGCGUCCCACCAAACGAAGACGCAGGAGAGAGGGACCGACAAUAGUCGUCAUUGGUGCAGGGAUGGCCGGACUGGGGUGUGCUAGACAGCUAGAGAGCCUAUUUCAACACUACGGUGGCGACACGGCGCCCGCGAAAGUUAUCGUACUAGAAGGUAGAAAACGCAUUGGCGGCCGUAUAUACUCUCAUCCUCUACAAUCUUUAAAACCGGGCACAUUAGUACCUAAUUUACGGCCGACAGCGGAAAUGGGCGCCCAAAUUAUUGUCGGGUUUGACAACGGUAACCCUUUGGACCCCAUCAUUCGCGCGCAGCUGGCACUUCAUUGUCACCUUCUACGAGAUAUUUCAACGAUCUACGAUACCGAUGGCUCCCCGGUAGAUGAGGUUCAUGAUUCAUUGGUUGAGAAGUUAUAUAACGAUAUUCUCAACCGCUGCGGAAUAUAUCGCCAUAAAGCGGUUAUAAACAAGACCGCUGGAGGAGACCGAGAGCUAAUGCAUUCUGCGCGAGAUUGCCUUCUGGAUGAUGGCAUCACGAUAAGACAAUACGAGGAUGCUGCUGCGUCAGGGACUGUAGAUUUGCUGUUACCAGCUAAACGACUCCGACGGGGGGUUGGGCACAGAACAGCAGAGAUUGGGCCUACUGUGAUUUCUGAACCGGUGGUGGCCCCACAAAUAUCCCAUGUGGAACCUGCCAAUGGUAUGCCUGCUGCUCUAACAUGUCAAGCCAUGGGAUGGAACUUACGUGAAGGUGCUUCGAAUGCGGAUACACUCCUGUUGGACGAAGUUGCUGGGGCCACAAAGACACAAACGCUAGGUGCGGUUAUGGACGAAGCAAUCCGCCAGUGCCACAAAUGGCUGCCGUUAACUCCAAAAGACAUGAGAUUGCUAAACUGGCACUAUGCAAAUCUAGAAUAUGCCAACGCUGCAAACCUCGGGAAGCUCAGUCUAGCUGGGUGGGAUCAAGAUAUGGGUAACGAAUUUGAAGGUGAACACGCGCAGGUUAUUGGAGGAUACCAACAAGUCCCACGGGGCUUAUGGUCACAUCCCUCGAAGCUCGAUGUUCGCCCCAACAAAGUGGUCACAAAGAUCUCAUACAAAGUCAAUGGUUCCCCCAAUGGCAAAGCGCGUAUCUACCUUGACGAUGGAGAAGUUAUAACUGCCGACAAGGUCGUGCUUACAGCUCCUUUGGGCGUGUUGAAAAGUAAGUCCAUCACAUUUUCGCCUCCUCUGCCGGCAUGGAAGACUGGUGCUAUUGAUCGCCUGGGCUUCGGGACUAUGAACAAGGUCAUACUUGUGUUCGAGAAGCCAUUCUGGGAUGUGGAAAGGGAUAUGAUUGGACUUUUACGGGAGCCGGCGGUUCCCGAAAGCUUGUCCCAAGCCGAUUACGCUUCCAGUCGGGGCAGAUUCUAUUUAUUUUGGAACUGCAUGAAGACCAGCGGGUUGCCUAUGCUUAUAGCUCUGAUGGCAGGCGAUUCAGCCCAUCAUGCAGAAGCUCUCCCUGACUCUGAGAUUUUGCACGAGGUCACAUCUCAACUUCGAAAUAUUUUCAAGGGUACCGCAGUACCCGACCCCUUGGAGACCAUCGUCACACGGUGGGGCCAAGAUAGGUUUUCUCGUGGCAGUUAUUCUUAUGUCGCUGCAGAAUCCUUACCUGGAGAUUAUGAUCUGAUGGCUAAAUCUACCGGAAACUUAUAUUUUGCUGGCGAAGCAACAUGCGGCACUCACCCUGCUACUGUACACGGUGCUUAUCUAUCCGGGCUCCGUGUGGCGAAGGAGGUCCUCGAAUCGGUGAUUGGACCAAUUAAAGUACCCACACCCCUUGUAGUAUCAAAAACCAAAACACCGUCAACCCAUACUCCUGUCACGCCUCCAGCGGCCGCUCCGGAGCAAACAAUGAUAAAUCCAAAGAAACGAAAGGAACCCCAAUCAAGCUCGGUGGACCAUCCAAACUCUACAGAGCGCCCGGCAGCUACGCCAUCUGGCCAGGGCAGGCCUGUCUAUGAAAUGGCGUUCGUUGAAGAAUACCGUAGAGCUAUAUCCCGGGCCAUUCAAGCAGAACUGGGCGAUCCAGAGAAGCAACCACGGAAAGAACCGAUAAAUCCGUUCUUGCUAUUUCAAAAAGACUAUUGGUUCGUCUGCAAAGCUCGAUGCGAUGAGGUCCGUCGCCGCAGCACAGGCAAUCCCGCCGCCAAAACUCCCCGUGAUGAAGUCCGGCAAGCACUUGGGCAGAUGUGGCGUGAGGCAUCAGAGGAGGUAAGGCGGCGGUACCUCGACCAAAUCGAGAUCAACCGUAAGAUCAACAACGAGAAGAUGUCCAAAUGGAAAGAACGAAUUACAGUAUGGGAGAGACACUCCGCUGAGAUCAAAGAUCGAUGGUGCGCAGCAAACCCGUAUAGUAAGUUCGUGAAAGAGAUGGAUAGCCAGAAGGUUGCCAAUGCCAAGACUAGCUUUAGCGAUUAUACUUCUUUUCGGUUGACUGGUGCUACAGAUGUGGGUGCAUUGGGCUUUGCUGGUCGGUUGCGUUUUCAGGGCAGGGAUGAUGUUCCAUAG